AUGGAUUAUCAAAGCUCUCAUAGGAUUUUGCUUGUGGGAGAGGGAGACUUAUCCUUCUCCCUUAGCUUGGCAAGGUCAUUUGGCACAGCUUUGAACAUCGUUGCCACCACCUUGGACUCUAGAUUGUCUCUAAUUACAAAGUAUGCAAGUGCAUUAAGCAACUUGGCUCAACUAGAGUCUCUUGGCUGCACCAUUCUUCAUGAAGUGGAUGUUCAUACCAUGAGCCAACACCCUCGUCUCAUGCACACUCGCUUUCAUCGAAUAAUCUUCAAUUUUCCUCAUGCUGGUUUCAUUUGUCGUGAAAGCGAUGCCUUUAUGAUUCAGCUUCACCAGAACUUAGUAAGUGGAUUUCUGAGUAAUGCUAAACAAAUGAUUUAUGGUGAUGGGGAAAUUCAUAUAACCCACAAGACUACGGGUCCCUUCAGUAUGUGGGAUAUCGAGAAGCUGGGAGAAAUUAAGGGAUUGAUCUUGAGGGAAGAAGAGGAGUUUUAUCAAUGGGCAUACCUGGGUUACAAGAACAAGAGAGGUUCUGGCAGGAAAUGUGACAAGAGUUUCCCUAUUGGAAAGAGCAGUACUUUUAAAUUCGCUUUCUAUAAAUGUGGAGUGUAA